GGGAAGCGAUUCAUCGAUCCUUGGCUCAGCCAUGAGAUGCUUGGAGGUGGGGGUGCUUUUCAUCAUCCACCAGGAUGAAAGAGAAGGGAACACCCGGUAACCAGCUCCAAAAAAACAUCCCCGAACUUGGCGAAAUGGAGGCCCAUGCGGCGAUACGAAUGCCUGAGGAAUUCAAUGUUGAGAAGGACUUUGAUGUCAAGAACAAGUACCAAAAGGCGCAAAAAUACAUCAGAUGUGACCUUUGCCAAAUGGCCGUUGGGAACACUUUCGAUUCAGUUGGUUCAAGCUUCACAGAGGAUGAUGUGUACGAUCACAUCGAGAAGAUCUGUGACAUUGAUGACCUUUACGCCAAACACGAGCUCUUGGAGGUAGAGAACGGCUGGAAGAUGGCGCAGGUUUCGGAAAGUGACAGUCGCUCGGCGCACGCGGUGCGAUGGCAAUCCCAUGCCAUGAAGGAGCUUUGUGACAACAUCGUGAGACCUUACGACGAUGAGAUCAAGGAUAUUUUUCUGAAGCACCUGAAGAAAGGUGGAAAGAAGGUGGAUAGCCCUGAGCUGCGCGCCGACGUGAUCGGCAGCGCAGUGGUGGAUAGUACAGUACCAUGUCACUGCAUGUUAGUGGUACAAGAACAUUUGGUGGUACAAAACACCCGCACCCGCACUGUGGAUGUCGCUGUGAUGAAGCGCAGCCUGGAGGAACGCCUGGAAGAACUAUCCUUUCAUAUCCUUUCCACUUUUGGAUACCAACUGGAACCUUUCAAGUUGAUCGGGGAUGCUGAAUUGCCCAAGCCGUCUUCGCCCGUCUUCGCCUUAUUCAAGCCCAGGCCGAUGAUCACCGACCUGACGAAGGGGCCCAUGGCUGAGGUGGCCCGCAGGCGAGCCGCUUCGCGGGCAUCCAGGUGCAGCAGCCACGUCCCGAAGGGGAUCUUGCUACACCUAAAAAUGGGUGCUGCCAAUGGCGUUCCGGCGCCCUGGGCUGUAUUGGUCUGCGAGACUCCGUGCUGUGACCAGCACAACUUUCUGGUGGAGAAUAACAAGGUGAGCCGUGUUGGCUUGGCAUUGGAGACUUCCUUCGAGGAAAGCAAGGACCUCAACUCCAAGGGCUUCAGCCGCAUGGAGAUCGUCUGUGCCUCUGAGCUGGACUCCUAUCGCAUCAACCGCUGGGCCAAGGAUGAAUCAGAUGCACAGCUGGCACAGCGGAUGGAGGCCUUGCCGCCUGCCCUGACGUCCAUGAUGCCCUUGGCUCCGCCCGAAGGAUAUCUUGCGGACGCACCUGAUGGUCAAAUGGUUUGCGACUUUGGCACCACAACGGAGCUGGUGGAAUACGAUACGAGCCCUCUAAGGCGGGGCUAUAUGCCGUCACUCCCAACGUCUCAACCCGACCGGGGAGAUGAUUUUGAGCCGUGACACUGCCACGGGAUGCACGGACCAGGGGAUAAGACAGGAG